CGGGGCAGUGCUGCACCCCUAAAGGCACGUGAUAGAUGAUAGACGAGUAUAAUAGUGAAACACAGACUGGUCGCGCUUGGACACUACUAGUACUCGGUUCACAAUUGAUUAUAACACCCAUCGUAUCCCGUAUGUCUCAACUACCCUUGCCAGAGGGCUGGAUUCAGGAGUAUGACCCUCAGCAGAAGCACCCAUUCUGGGUUGAUACAUCAGCAGACCCACCACGAGCAAUAUGGGUGCACCCCUACGAGGACGAGCAAUUCCUUUCUGAGAACCCAGAUGUCAAAGCAAAAGUAGAGAAGCUCAGAGUACCAUUGGCAGAUCCCCCUCCGUACGAACAGCGACGUCAUUCAUUCAGCGGUGGAGAGACGGCCGCCCCACUUCAUACCGAUGCCAAGUCUUCCAGCAGUGCGAUCUCGCCACCAAUCGACGAGCACCAUGAGGAGCGAAAGCGCGGGAUGUUCGGGAAGUUGAAAGAUAAGGCUAUUGGUACUAAGGAAGAGCGGGAGGCAUAUAAGAAACAGAAGGCUGAAGAACGUGCGCGAGACGAGGAGCUGCGUCGUGAGGCACGAAGACGAAAUUUGGAGGAACGUGCUGCAUACAUGCAGCAACAUGGUGGUUAUCCGCCGUACGGUGGCUAUGGUAACCCAGGUUACUCGGGCGGCUACUAUGGUCCUGGUCCGAGUCAGUAUGGCCCACCUGCAGGAGACCCAUAUGCAUACAAUGGAGGUCGGUAUGGAAGAAGAGGUCGGAGUGGAGGGUUUGGAGGGGGGAUGGGAUUACCUUUGUUGGGUGGAUUGGCAGGUGGACUUUUACUUGGAGAUAUGCUUGAUGGAGGAUUUGGAGGUGGUGGAUUUGACGGAGGAUUUGGUGGUGGCGGUUUCUUCUGAUAUUAUAUACCAACAUGUACUAUGACAUUGUAAGACUAAUGACAUUGAAAUGUGGGAAA